AUGGGGAAUGUUGGGCCUGGGAUGCUGGGCUCCAUGCUCUUUCUGAUGCUCGGGCUGCAGCCUCUACCGCUUAGCCGAGGGAGAUUCCUGCACCACCCCCCAAGCUCGAGAAGCUUCCACCUGGGCACCAGACAUCACGGAAGCACCUGGGAGAAGCUGAAAUCCUGCAAGGGUGCCUUUGACCUGUACUUCAUAGUGGACGCGUCACAGAAGGCAAAAGAUAUUUGGGAGGACAUUUGCCAAUUAGUGGAUGAAAUAUCGAUGAAGUACACAAACCCUAACCUGCAGAUGUCCUUCAUCACCUACUCCACACAGGGCAACAUCAUCAUGAAGCUCACCUCAGACAGAACAAAAAUACGUGAUGGUCUUAAAAGACUUCAGAAUAUAGUGCCUACAGGAGCCACAAACAUGCAGGAAGGAUUGAAAAAGGCAAAUAAACAGAUUCAACAAGCUACCUCAGGAAACAGGAAUACUUCCAGCCUGAUUAUCACCCUAACUGCAGGGCCACUGCUACCAAGGACAUUACAGGACACAAAGAAGGAAGCUCAACAGGCUCGGGAUAUGGGGGCCAAGGUUUACUGCGUGGGUGUAAAAGACUAUGAGAGAGAUCAGUUGAAUGAUAUUGUAGAAAGAAAGGACCAAAUGUAUGGGACAGAGGAAUUCAAUUCUUCAGAAUCAUUUGUUACGUCGCUCGUGAAAAAUUCGUGUAUGGAAGCCAUGGCUGGGGACACACACUUUGUCUGUUUAGGAGUAGCCUAUGAAGUGACAUUUUUUGCAUCUGGCCUCGAUCAAAAAAGGAAGGAUGAAAUUGUUUGCAGAUAUCAUUUGAGCUCUGGCAAAGUCUUUGAUAAAAAGCCCAUCUUUAUGAAUCAAGGAAAGUUAAUUUGCCCAGGACAUAUAUUUGACAAGCCUGGACAGGAGCUUUUCAUUGAUUACAGCCUGAACAAUGGUGUCAGCUUUGUAGGCGAAGACUUGAAAAUUGUCAGCAAGGAUUGUGUGAAUGACAGGGUGGCACUGCGGGAACCUCAGACAAAAACAACAACAACAACAACAAGAAAAACAACGACAAGGACAACAAUGCCUACCACUGUUAGGACAUGCAGGACAACAACAACAACCACAACAACAACAACAACAAGGAAAACAACGACAAGGUCAACAAGGAUUACCACAAUGCCUACCACUGUCAGGACAAGCAGGACGACAACAACAAUGACGACAACAACCACAAUGAUGACAACGAUGACGACAAUCCCUACCACUUUCACAAAGACAACAACCUCUGUGACUACAGUUGUCACCCAGAGACCGAUUCCCAGCAAUCCUUUCUUGUAUGCUACAUUCAUCACCUCACUGAUUGUGAUCCCAUUGGUGUUUAUCUGUAUCUGCUGCUACAAGAGGGUCAUCAAGGAGCCACCAUCAGCCCAAAGACCAGAAAAGCCAUGCCCUGUACAGACCACAGUGAUUGUCUCCUGCUGUGAGUGCCAAGAAGACACAAUAAGCCAGAUGGAGGGAAAACUGGAUGUUUUUUAUAACUUUCUUCAGCGCUGCAGCCUGGUGCCAUUGAUAUGGUGUCCAACCAGACACAUGGGAAGAUGCUCCAACUUCGCCUUAAUGAACCCUCACUGUGCACCAAUGCUCUGUGGCCCAAAUAUCUGCCCUCGACCCAAACAGGAGUGUUUCCCCCUGAAUAGCUGUAGCUCUCACUGGCAACAUCACCAACCCAUAUGCACUCAGUCAUUCUCCAGAUUGCUGCCGCUGAGCCCUCCCACUGCCCAGAAGCUCUGCAGAAGUCCUUUGCCACUCCCACCCCCAUAG